GCCGCCGGCAGGGGUCGCGCUGCCCCCGGCGAGCCGCUCAGGCGGGGGUGGGGUAAGCUCCCGCGGCCGGUCGCUUUUCUCCGCCGCCGCUGGUUGGAUCGUUUCAAUAAAAGUGUUUUUUCUCUUGCACUCGCUCUCCUCCGGGGAACAGGCGGAGGCGUCAAUCCGCAGCCGCCGAGUGUGAAAGCGACGCACACGCAAGGAGCGAACGCGGCCGCCCGCAGUCUCCUGAGCUCCCCGCGGGCCGCCGCAGAGCCGCGGAGAAGGAGCCAGCGCCCGGCCAGACAGUCUCAGCCCGCCGUCGGCGCCCGCCGCGCUCGCGCCCGGCUGCUCCGAGGGGAUUAGUGGGCCGUCCGCGCGGCUCGUCGGCGCGGGAGCCAUGUUGACCGAGGGACUUGGCAACGCGUGAGACACCCGCGGCCCCUCCCGAGGCUCCGGACCCGCGGCGAGAGCCGGAAGGCGGCUGUGGCGGCGGAGGCCUGCGCUCGGAAGCGCCUCACGUCUGCCGGCCGCUGAGACCCGGACCUGCAUCCGGUCGCCGCGGGCGUCCGCGGAGCAGCUUCCCCCCGCGCCUCUCUUCGCCUCGCCUCGGGACCCGCGGUCCCCGCUCUUGCUGGCGGAGUCUCACAGGCUGGAGUACAAUGGCACGAUCUUGGCUUACUGCAACCUCCACCUCCCGGGUUCAAGCGAUUCUCCCUGCCUCAGCCUCUCGAGAUUUUUCAAGCCGCAUUCAAUUGAUAGGAUGAAAAAAUUUAAGAGAAGGCUAUCCCUCACACUCCGAGGAAGCCAGACUAUUGAUGAAUCAUUGUCUGAAUUGGCUGAACAAAUGACUAUUGAAGAAAACAGCAGCAAGGAUAAUGAGCCUAUUGUGAAGAAUGGCAGGCCUCCAACGUCUCACAGUAUGCAUUCCUUCCUCCACCAGUACACAGGAUCUUUCAAGAAGCCCCCAUUGCGGAGACCACACAGUGUUAUUGGAGGGAGCCUUGGCUCCUUCAUGGCAAUGCCCAGAAAUGGAAGCAGAUUAGAUAUUGUUCAUGAAAAUCUAAAAAUGGGAUCAGAUGGUGAGAGUGACCAAGCUUCUGGGACAUCAUCUGAUGAAGUCCAGUCACCUACAGGUGUUUGUCUCAGAAAUCGUAUACAUAGACGGAUCUCAAUGGAGGAUUUAAAUAAGCGGUUAUCACUGCCUGCAGACAUCAGAAUACCUGAUGGAUAUCUUGAAAAGUUGCAGAUAAACAGUCCACCAUUUGACCAACCAAUGAGUCGAAGGUCUCGUAGAGCUUCCUUAUCAGAAAUUGGCUUUGGAAAAAUGGAAACCUACAUCAAAUUGGAAAAGCUUGGAGAGGGUACAUAUGCAACAGUAUAUAAAGGAAGAAGUAAAUUGACAGAGAAUUUGGUGGCAUUAAAAGAGAUCCGAUUGGAACAUGAAGAAGGUGCACCCUGCACAGCUAUAAGAGAAGUUUCACUAUUAAAGGAUUUAAAACAUGCAAAUAUAGUAACCUUACAUGACAUUGUUCACACAGAUAAAUCCUUGACUUUGGUGUUUGAGUAUCUGGAUAAAGACCUGAAACAGUACAUGGAUGACUGUGGAAACAUCAUGAGUAUGCACAACGUAAAGCUGUUUCUGUACCAAAUUCUACGUGGUUUGGCAUAUUGCCAUAGAAGAAAGGUAUUGCAUCGAGACUUGAAACCACAGAACCUCCUCAUUAAUGAAAAAGGAGAAUUAAAGCUAGCAGAUUUUGGACUAGCCCGAGCCAAGUCAGUUCCCACAAAGACCUACUCAAAUGAAGUUGUCACACUAUGGUACCGGCCACCUGAUGUGCUUCUUGGUUCCUCGGAGUACUCAACACAGAUUGACAUGUGGGGUGUUGGUUGCAUUUUCUUUGAAAUGGCUUCUGGAAGACCUUUAUUUCCAGGAUCAACUGUGGAAGAUGAACUGCACUUAAUUUUCCGACUGCUAGGAACUCCAUCUCAGGAAACUUGGCCAGGUAUUUCUUCAAAUGAGGAGUUCAAGAACUACAACUUUCCGAAAUAUAAACCACAGCCUCUAAUUAACCACGCACCCAGGUUAGACUCUGAAGGAAUUGAGUUGAUAACAAAAUUUCUUCAGUAUGAAUCUAAGAAAAGGGUUUCAGCUGAAGAGGCCAUGAAACAUGUGUACUUUCGAAGUCUGGGACCAAGAAUACAUGCUUUACCAGAAAGUGUAUCAAUAUUCAGUUUGAAAGAGAUUCAGUUGCAAAAGGACCCGGGUUUUCGAAAUUCUUCUUAUCCAGAGACAGGACAUGGGAAGAACAGAAGACAGAGCAUGCUCUUUUAAGUCUGAUAACAUGGUUUCAAGCCCAGCCCCCAGCCUUUCUUACCAAUCAAGGACUCAGAACUGAAGGCAAUUAUUUCUUUUGGUGGACUUGGAAUCUCCGUUUGUCUACACUGUCCUCUUCACAGUGGAGUCUUUUUAUUUCAGACCUACAGAUUGUUUUUAUAUUUGUUGUCACAGUGUGACAAUUUUUUGUACAGUCGGUUUUAAGGUCUUCUCUGCCAUUAGAGCCAGUAGGUUACAGCUAUUGAUGUAACUGUAGCUGCAAUUUUUGUGCAGGACUGAGAAACACAGUGCAUUAUUUAUUGCGGAAUCAUUGCUGCUAAAUAACUACUGUCUGUUUAUUUAACACAACAAUUGAAUGCCUGAAGAAGUUGCAGUGGCUUUAUUAUAUGUGAAUGCAUCUGUUUCUCCUCACGAAUUGUUUUACUGCUGCAUUUUUUGUUUUUAAAAUUAAACUGCAGUGUUUCCUGGAAUGUAAAUUUAGCUUUGCUUAAUAGUAAAAUAAGUGAGCCAUCUUGAACACUUUAAGUUUAUACUAUAUAAUUUCUUAAUGAACAUUGGCAAAUAGAGUAGCUAAGAGAUUGACAAGCACAUUAUGUUUAGAUAAGCAUGUGAUGCAGAAGUUGAUUCAAGCAAGUGAAUCCCUGACAUUUUGAGGAUCUCACAUUAGACACCAACAAAUUAAAGCUCCAAAAUUAUUUAUUUUUUACGUGUUCCUCACUUUAGAAAUGUCUACUGCAUAUUACUGGAUAUUUGUAUACUAAUACACUUACCUAUUUUACAUUGUGUUUUAAAUUUAGUUAAAACUUAACCGUAGAAGUCUGUUCAAACGCGAAAGGUCUUGCUUUGUUUGUUUUAAAUACAUUUAUUUUAUUAGAAAGGAUGAUACUUCAUUGGGGAACAGUUUCUUUCAUUUGGGGGCUAUGUGUUUCAAUAACAUUCACUUGGAAUCAGCUGAAAGCUGUAAUAUGUCUUUGAAAUGAGCCAUGAUAAAUUACAAACAAGAGAAAUGAGAACUUACAGGAUUGCUUGAAAUUAUUGUGGGUAUUAUCUGUUUACCAGAGAUACUAAAUAUUAGUUUUAAUUAUGCAUCUCUUUGAACAUCAUAAACACACUUUGGUGUUGGUAACAGUAUUUUAAGCAUUUUUGUUCACUUUUAAGGACUAUUUGUUUAGUGCAUCUUACAAACUAUAAAUCUUAAUUGGUAUAUUUUGAAAUGGUCGUGUAAAUUUUUGCCUUACAUAUCAUGAAAAUAGUCAUAACUUAAUUUCUUUUCCUGAAAUUCACUGUAAAACAUUCAGGGGUCCUACCAUUUCUGUUCAGGAAAUCUUGUAGUUUAUUGUUGUUAUUUAACAGUAUUAAGUGGAUUUUUGUAUAUUUCAUUUUAACUUUAUUUGUGAAUAGUGAUUGUGGCAUGUUUGGGGUGUUAUUUUAAUAUUUCACGAUACUGAAAUUUUAAUUUUAAAAAAAAAUUCUGGAAGAAACAGAUUCAUGUGUAAUGGUGAAUAUUGGACCACUACUGCUUUUCACAUUUGUAAAUUGGUUUUAUGUUAAACCUUGUAGCCUAACAAACUGCUGUUCUUUCUAACUGACAGACAUGUAUUAAUAUUGUACUUUGAAGGUUAUAAAUAUGUGGAAAUUCCUUCAUUUUGUUUUGAAAUUUAUAAUAACAAAAUCUCCAUGUUGUUAAAA